UUACUGUUUAGUUUUUACUUUUUAUCAAAACAAACACGCACCGUUGGAACUAGGAAGUAUAGAACAGUAUCAAUUUAUCCAUAUUAUUCUAAAAAUUUUGAUUUUUGUUAGCAUAGCUGAGUUUAAAUAUUAAGCACUUUUUUUGAUUUAAAUUUGCCUUGUAAUUGUUUGUUGACUAAUUGACAGGGAUUUCAUAAAAAUUAAAAUAAUGGUAAGAAGACAACGUGAGCAAAGUACAACUGAAGAUGAAAUAGUUAUAGAUGCAUCUCCACAAAAGAAACACAAACGACAUAAACAUAAAAAGAAAAAACACAGACCCGAUAAUCAGUAUGAUAGUGAUACAUCAAUUGAUGUCUCCUAUGAAGAUGCAUUUAAUAAACCUUACAAAAUAAAAAGCAAAGGAGACAUACCAGGUACUGCAGCUGAAAUAUUAAAAGCUCAAACAAUGAAAUCUUCAUCUGAUUCUCGCAAGUCCAUGCCAGGCUCAUCAUCAAGCAGUCCACCCAAAGUUCCUUCAAAAAAGAAGAAAAAUAAAGGCAAAGACAGUGGCACUUCCAGUGAGGAAGAGAGGUGGCUUGAUGCUAUUAAAUCUGGAAAGUUAGAAGAAGUAGAUGAAGAAUUAAAGAAAAUCAAACCAAAGGACCCAAAAAUGAUGACAGCACGCCAACGAGCAAUGUAUGAGAGAGGCAAUGACAAGGAACCUUGUCCUGGUGGUGAAGUGCUGCUUGCUCUACCCUCUGGAUACAAAGAAAAAAUUAUGACAGCAGAAGCUCUCCAAAAAGCUGCAUUGAAGUCCCAGAAAAGAAAACAAUUAGCAGAUGAAAAAAGAGAAAAAGACAAAAAGAAGACAAUGGAUCGUUUGCUCAAAAAACAAGAGUCAAAAAAUUUAAAAAACGCUUUAAGAGGGAGACCGCUCAGGAAACAAGAACCUUUAAUUGUUUAUAAAAACAAUAACAAUGAAAUUGCUUUGUCUUUUCCAGUAGGAAUUUCAUUUCCCUUAGAAAAUAAAUGUCCAAUACCACCACCAACUCCAGUUGAAUGUAGUGUAGAAGGAUGUAAAAAUAUUAAAAAAUAUAAUUGUUCCAAAAGUAACAAACCACUAUGUAGUUUGGAGUGUUAUAAAAAAAAUAUUGCAUUGCAUUUUGAAAUAAAAAGUUUACUAUAAA